AUGAGCUCUUUGGACCAGCCCGUGGGGCAUCGCCUCUACAGCCUCGCUGUCGUCACUCUAGGAAUGGCGUUCCUCGCACGUGCGGGCCUGAACAUUCUGAACGCACACGGGCGCUCUGGAUCUCUGGGUUCGUUUCUCACCGGCUCCACGUCUACUUUGCGCUCUUCCAACAGCUCUGAGCAUCAAGGUGGAGUCAAGGUCAAGCAGAGCAAGCCGACUUCAGAUUCCGCUGUGCAGGUCUCCUACGCAGCUACACUGGACAUGUGCGAUGCUCGAGCGGAUGCUCCGGGUCAAUACUUUGUGCGAGCUGGCGCUUUGCUCAAGCUCAUCGACAUCGUAGCUGGCGUCUCGGCCCGUCGACAUGCAUCCUGCAACUGCGUGACCAUCUCAGUAGACGCUGUGGUUCUCCUGGCUCCCAUUCCCGUCUCUUCGCUCGUUCAUCUCUCAGCUUCCGUGAAUAGAGCUUGGUCCUCCUCCAUGGAAGUGGGAGUCAGAGUCAUCUCCGAGCAUAAAGGACGCAAGGCGUACGUCAGUCACUCCUAUUUGACAUUUGUCGCCUUGCCGUCGGUGCAGGGAGGCCCUAAACCUGUGCUGGCCAACGUACAGCCUCGAACUACGCUAGAGGCACGAAGACAUCUCCUGGCCGGUCGAAGGAGGCAUAAGCGACUGGAGGACACCAAGAAGGGAGACGCGAGAGAUGGUGUCAGGGAAGAAGUGAAGAUACGCAUGAGAGAGGAGAUCGCUGCGUUGCUCGGAGUUCGAGAAGAAGGUACAGGUACGGAGCUGAGCCAAGGAGGCGAAGAGCACGCAGACCGCAUAGAAUUGGAAGUGAGUCGAGGUCGAGGGAGCCUAGACGCAGCAGCUUUCUGCGGCAUUCAUUCACAAUCAUGCCGCUCUUUCCCACUCUUCUUUCAGCUCGUCACGCGUGCCUGGGCAGCGCGAGAUCCAGGUGUAUCUCUGGAUGGAGACACCGUCACGGUAACCUUAUCAGGUGAUGCACCAUUGCAGCGCUCGAAGCAAGCCGUGCAGUCGCUUGCUAGAGAGCUCGGAUUGAGGCGUAGCAGCGAGAUCAAUCUUUCCGAGUUACGGAAAGAUCCCGGCUGGACGUUUAAUGAACCUCAAAGCAUCUUGUCAGUAUCCAGAGCAAACAACGCAGCGCACGAAGACGAGGCGAUUCCAAGCUCCACUGCAGACGAUUAUUUUGAUUCCUUUAGGAGCGCAAGAGGGUCUCGAUCUAGGCAAGGGAGUUUUGCGCUCGUCUCAAGCCAGCCAAAGACCAUUUUGGUGGCAGAAACUCUUAGCAGGUCUCUUCACCUCGUCUUCCCUGAACACACCAAUUCUCAAAAUCGGCUAUUUGGAGGACAGACAAUGGCUUGGAUGGAAAGUUGCGCAUUGAACUCCGCUCGAAGCUUGGGCGUGGAUGCUUGGAGCACAGUCUCUGUGGAUGGACUGGAGUUUCGAGAGGCCGUAAGAGUGGGCGAGUAAGUAGUUUUGGUUGCGCAGCGUAGAGUUCUGGUCGCUCUCUCCCCCCUUCUCUCUCUCUCUCUCUCUGUGCAUCACUGACGCGUCUCCCGGUCGGUCAGAAUCAUGACUUUGCAGGCUGUGGUCAUACGCACAUUCUCGGCCAGCGCUGAGUUGUACGUCCAAGCGCAAGCCGAAUCGCAAGACGGCUCCUUGAGGUGGACAAACGACGCGCUAUUCGUAGUCACAUGCGGUCCCUCAGCUUCCAAAUUCCCUGAUCCGAGUCAAGAAAGGUUCUUGAUUCUGCCCCGCGUUGUACAUCCGCCCGGAUCAGCGCUCGAGGAUUUCGCUAAGCCAUCUGAUGCUAGACGUGCUUGUGAGUACCGCGGACCGCUUCGACGUGUCGCGACGAUGGGCAGUAGCCGUUGUCCUGACAUCCUCCCCGCUUUUGCAGCUCGCCUGGAGCUCAGAGACAUGCUUAGAAAGGUCUAUAGCUGA